AUGUUUGACGAAUACAUACAGAGCAAAUUCCUUCGCCAUUUGGCAAGGUUUAGUUGCUCCGUUGGGUUUUUGAUUGAGGGCUACCAGGCCGGCGUUCUGGGAGGAGUCCAAGAGACUAAACCAUUUUUGGAUGCAAUUGGACACCCCGGGGGCACGGAGACAAUACCCUUAAUUGCUUCUUCCAGUACACUAGCGGCGGCAUUCGUGUCAUGUCUUGUCAUGAUAAUCGGCAUGCCACUCGGUCGGCGGAACUGCAUUAUCAUCGGUAAUAUCUUGAUCACGGUAGGGGGUGUCAUACAGGCGGCGUCCUAUUCCGUCCCACAAAUUAUUGUUGCCCGUGUGCUUUGCGGUGCUGGAAUUGCAUUCAUUACAUGCAACGUGCCCAUGUAUAUGUUUCGGUUUUACACGAAUGACAAAUCAGAUUUCUUGGAAUCUAUCCAGAGAUUCCCUAUUGCAAUGCAGUCUAUAUUUUCCAUACUUUCUGGUACCAGCAUGUUCUUCCUCCCAGACACCCCUAGGUGGUACUAUAUACGCGAUCGCACAGACGAGGGAGAUCAAACUCUGUCACGACUAUACGGUGUAUACCGGAAAGGAAUGCCGAGCUAUGGUGAUAUUCCAGAGAUUCAAGACAUGAAAUCAACCAUAAUGGUCAGCCUUAGGGUCGAAGAAGAAUCGGAAAACAAGCUCACGUUCUUGAGUAUCAUCUGGGACAACACCCCUCUCCGAGUUGGCCGGCGCAUCCGUAUCUCCUUCAUUAUCCUGGGGAUCCAGCAGUCGAUGGGAAUCAAUAUCAUGGUUUAUUACAUGACUCGGAUUUUCUCGGAAAUUGGUCUUUCCGGUUUUAUGGCCUCUCUUAUUGCCGCACUGGCGUUGACAGUGCAGUGGAUGGGCUCAUGGGUUUGUAUUCCUACGAUAGAGCGCAUCGGGCGGCGGAGAAUUAUGAUGUUGACGGGGUCGGUCCAAACAUUUUGCCUGCUGAUUUUUGUGGUGUUGAACAUGAUCGAGAACAAAACAGAUGCUACGCGCUGGGCAGCUGCGAUGAUCCUAUUCCCCUAUUUAUUCUUCUAUGGCUGGGGAUGGGUGGGGUGCCCCUGGCUUUAUGGACCCGAGAUUGCACCUUUGAGAUACCGCCACAUUGGCUCCGCAGCCGGACUUCUGGGCGUAUGGGUAUUUACGUUUAUCACGGUCUUCGCUGGCGGAAUUGCGUUGAAAACGGUUGGGGCCCGGAUCUGGAUCUGGCCACUGAUUUUCAACGUCAUAGCAGUCAUUUUUGUUUACUUUAUGUGCCCGGAUCCUACUGGCAAGACGCUUGAAGAAAUUGACCAGCUGUUUGCUAAAGAUGGCGCGCUGCUUGACCGUCUCAACCAAUCAGAUACCGAAAAGGAAUGUGUGAAUGAGGUAGAGAACAGCGCAUCAGAUGCUUGA